AUGAACGCCUCGUCUUUGGAAAAUGGGAUUGCGUCCUCUGAUAAUCGUUCUGCUUCCGACGAUAGGAAGCAAAGCCCCCCUGCAUUCUUAGAUCUGGCAGACUCGCGGGUUGAACUCAAGCGUCUCGAGCAUGAGAGGCAGCGCCUUCUCCAACGCAAGUUCUUCGAGGAUCAAAUGCGCGCCUUAGAGGUGCAGCAGGCGCAGGAAUUGCUGAGCAUCCCUUACGACCCAUCCGUCAAUGGUAACAACUUCGCUGUCUCUGCCCCCACAACGCCCCCCCGCGUCAACGCAGUUCUCAACGGCGACGCUAGCCAUGGAUAUCGUUUGGGUCGGCAACUGCCUUUGGACGCUGAGAGCCUCUCGCAAGCCGUGGGCAGUGCAGUUGCUGAUAAGCGCAAGUCGGUCACUUACGCACCCUCGGUCAACCUCUCGCCCGACCUUGCGACCACGACCAACGGGUUCACACGGAAUCCCGGUGCUAAAAGCAUGCCUGCUAGUCGCCGAACGUCCGCUAGUAGUCACGAUGAAGAAUUAGCUAGUCAAUUGCAGGGACUUUCUUUCGGUGGCGAUCGCUCCAACAGAGCUUCCCCUGUUCCAGGAUCUAUCUCCACAUCCAUCCUAGCCAAGGGAAGUAGCCGGUUCAUACACGAUGAAGGUGCUCGCUACGCUAGUACUUAUAAUGCUGGCAUGAUGUUGGAUGAGCAGCUUGACCAAGAGAUGCACAAUGCGAUGAGACACCUCCCUACUUCUGAUGAGGAUAAGUUUGGCAACUCGUAUCCCCAGAAGACAUCAUCAGCUGCUCUUGACCUCGCUCACAUCUCGCAGGCAACGUCUCCUCAGGCUUCAUACUCUUCUCGGUCAGCGGAGCCACGUGAGAAAUCAUCUGAAUGGCCACCUUUCCCAAGCAACCCUCGUGCGCCAGAAGGCCUUUCAUCUCGCAACGAACGUCGGAAUGUCACUAGUCCUAACGUUCCAUUACACGACAUGAAACUUGCUGGCGUGGUUUCUGCAUCGGCAACACCCCUUCUGCAGCAACAUUCGCAGUCGUCUCUUCUACCAUCGUCUCGUCGUGGAUCUCCACCUUCUUUCUUGGAUACACUUGCCUCUACUCGAUCCGUCCCUGCAACACCGUUAGGUAUCCCUAGCGCGGUGCCUCACAUUCUCAAGACCCCGGGAACCCCACGCACUCCUGAUACAGGAGUGUUGAGUGCUCGCAUUACUUCACAUGGCUCUUCCUUUGGUGACCAUAGCCCCAUCAGUGCAAGCGACCUAGGUGCUUCGUUGUCCCGCCUUCCGUCUGGCCAGUUUGAUGGUAGCUAUAGUCCUAAUGGCUCAGCCCUUGAUGACUCCAUGCAGUAUGGCGUUGAUUCUAUGUAUGGUAUGAACGGCGGUGCGUACGGGCGUGCCACAUCUGCGAACAGCACGAAGAGUGGUUCAACAGCGUUGUAUCACCACAAUGGCUCGCGGUAUGGUCUUAGUGCUCCAGCCAGGCCUAGUGUCGGUGGCCCAGAUAGCAAGAUGGGUGGGCUUCACGGCCCUAAACACAAGCGCGGAGACAUCGACAGGGAAUUCAACCGCUUUGCAGGCACUCGAUUGGAAGAUCUCCAAGGGGAAAUAGCGACUAUGUGCAAGGAUCAACACGGCUGCCGUUUCCUACAGAAAAAAUUAGAAGAAGGCGUACCAGAGCAUCGGGAUAUGAUCUUCCGUGAGACUUUCAACCAUUUCCCAGAGCUAAUGACUGAUCCCUUCGGUAACUACCUCUGCCAGAAGCUCUUGGAGUAUUCUACGGAUGAACAACGCAACUUGAUUUGCGAGUCCGUUGCACAAGAUCUGACUGAUCACCGAUACAAUGCUCAGAUCCAUUCUAUCAUUCUUGCGCUAAGCUUGCAUGUCGUUGUCCUGAUCAAGGAUUUGAACGGGAACCACGUUAUCCAGAAAUGCUUGAACAAAUUGGCACCAGAAGACAAUCAGUUCAUUUACAAUGCUGUCGCGGCAAAUUGCGUCGAGGUUGCUACUCAUCGUCAUGGGUGCUGCGUUCUUCAGCGCUGCAUCGAUCAUGCGUCUGAGAGCCAGCGGAUUCAGCUCGUCAACGAGAUCACCUUCAACGCCUUGACACUCGUCCAAGACCCUUACGGCAACUAUGUUGUCCAGUAUAUCUUGGACCUCAACGACAGUCGUUUCAGUGACGCUGUCAUCCGUCAGUUCCAAGGCAAUGUUUGUGCCCUGUCUGUUCAGAAGUUCAGCUCGAACGUUAUCGAGAAAUGCGUCCGUGUUGCAGAGCAUAGCACGCGCAAGAUGUUAAUCGAAGAGUUCCUGAAUCGUUCGCGUUUGGAGAAGCUUCUCCGCGACUCGUAUGGUAACUACUGCGUACAGACUGCUCUCGACUACGCUGAACCGAACCAACGCGCACUCCUCGUCGAAGGUAUCCGACCUGUCCUUCCCCUGAUUCGCAAUACGCCGUACGGCAAGCGCAUUCAGAACAAACUGCAACGUGAGCAGAUGGAUCAAUUACAAGGUUUCAAUCAACAGGCGCUCACCAUGGCACUGGGCACUUCAGGUAUUGGUGGACACGGCGCAGCGCGCCAUGUUCCCCAGGCGAUGCACCCUUCGGCGGAGCUCUAUGCUACACAAAAUGGCAUGUACCAGAUGCAGCAAGGCGCCGCGUCGUAUAGCCCCGUCCAUCUGACGCCGCAAAUGCACUCGCUCCAAGCGCAGGGCAUCGAUGGAUAUGUCCUUCAAGGCGGGUCCCCGCAUGCCUCUGGGCUUCCCGCGCCUGCCCACCUCGGGGGAUUCUCGAACUCCUUUGCAGGCGUAAGCCCCUUCGCUGGUGUUGGCCUUGCUGGCCCUAUCGCUGAUCCGUACCAGAGGUCCUCCUUUGGCUACGGGAUGUAA